AUGGCGGGGGGCUAUUUUGACCUUCCGACCUCCCGCCCUAACGCACCUGAUACAGAGUCAAGGAUAUCAGGGCUGUGUUCUACGCCACUGUCUGAUAACUCUCAACAAUCAAUGUCGCGGGAGCGAAAGUUGAGUAGAGCACAGGGCAGGCGUCGGAAUGCAAGCAUUCUGAAAAGCACGAGCCAUGCUCAGACUGCCCAGUCCAACGUCAACGAAGCUGGCGGGUCCCAGGUCGAAUCCCGGUUGGAUCGAAGGGGGAAGCUGCCGCAAAGACCAUCUCCCACUGUCAACAUUCCAGGUAUCCAGGGAAAAGGCUCCUCAAGCUGCCCAGUGGCACCCCUACUGAAUGGAGACCACACUAGUGCAUCAGUGGAUGUCACCAACCUGACGAUCAUCCCCCGACCCAGCCUACCGGACACUUUAGGGGAGCAUGGGAUCCAGAAUACAAAUGUCAAGGGGCGAGCCAUCUGCUUCGCACAUCAAAGGGUCCACAGAUUUGCAUCCCUUCUCAAUUGCUCACAAAAAUCUCCGAAGUCAAGCUCCCUAGCGUCAUCACUUGCCACCACUCCCACCCAAGUGGUAUAUCCGACAGGAGAUGGGGAUAAAUUGCCAGUGAUCAGCUUUCCCAAAACACAACAACCAUUCGAAGACUCACUAGAUGAACAUGAAACGGACUUCAUAGACGGGCGAUCAACACCGCACUCCCCUGAAGCCCAAUAUUUAGAGCAACAAAUGUCCCCUCGAGACCUGAACUUUCUGAGCCGUCUUCGUCCUCCAUCAUCUGGUCUGGGCUCUGGGCACAUCGAGCUCUGUGAGGAUAGGGACUCUUACGAAUCCGCUGAACGGCCUUCGCACUACCGCGGAGGCGUUCUCUCAUCUAUACUGAAGCUAUAUGACCAACCCCACCACAAAGCUCCUCGGGAUACCCAUCAAAGUCAAUCACAAGACAGGGGACGCUAUGGACGCUCUCGACAUGGGAGUCUCUCCGAGUGGAGUGGCCGUGGACUGUCCCCGGACUCCAUCUGGAAACCAAACAGGAGAUGGUAUGACAAGUCAUCUACCCGUUCCAGUAUCUCCUUGGCCGGAUCUUCAUACAACUCCAGCUCCCCUUUGGCGACUCUCACGCGGUCCCGGAGUAGCGGAGCCGCUGUCCCAGGCUUAGGUGGUAGCCCCCGGGGCAAGCCUCAAUACGAUGACGAAGUCCAUAUCACUGUGCAUAUUGCGGAGCUUCUAUGCCGCCAACGGUAUCUGAUCCGGCUUUGUCGGGCUUUGAUGAAGUUUGGAGCCCCAACCCAUCGGCUGGAGGAAUACAUGCGCAUGACUGCGCGUGUAAUCCAGAUCGACGGCCAAUUCUUGUACAUACCUGGCUGUAUGAUCAUCUCCUUUGACGAUGCAUCCACCCACACCACCGAGGUCAAGGUCGUUCGUUCAACCCAAGGUAUCGAUUUGGGUAAGCUGGCCGAUGUCCACGAGAUCUACAAGGAGGUGAUACAUGACGUUAUUGGCGUCGAGGAGGCAGUGACCCGGCUCGAUGAAGUCAUGAGGAAGCCGAGCAAAUUUCACAUUCUCUUCCUCAUAUUUGCGCACGGAUGUGCCAGUGCGUCAGUUGGUCCAUUUGCUUUCAACGCACGACCAGUCGAUAUCCCUGUCGCGUUCCUCCUGGGGUGUCUUCUUGGGGUGCUACAGCUUAUUCUGUCCCCCAAAUCGAGCUUAUACUCCAAUGUGUUUGAGAUAUCUGCAGCAGUCUUGACGUCUUUCCUUGCACGUGCUUUUGGAAGCAUCAGGUUCCAAGGAGAGCCUCUCUUCUGCUUCUCUGCACUCGCACAGUCUUCCAUUGCCCUUAUCCUGCCGGGAUACACGGUCCUUUGUGCCAGUUUGGAGCUCCAGUCACGCAGUAUCAUCGCAGGUUCCGUCCGCAUGGUCUAUGCCAUCAUCUACUCGCUUUUCCUUGGGUUUGGAAUUACCAUUGGCACUGCUGUGUACGGACUUCUUGACGCUCAGGCUUCAACGGCAUACACAUGUCCCGCGAGUCCAAUCCGCAAUGAAUACCUUCAAAGAUUUCCAUUCGUCAUUUUGUUCACCGUGUGCCUAGCCAUUGUCAACCGCGCCAAAUGGAGGCAAAUGCCAAUCAUGUUGUUCAUCUCCCUGGCAGGCUAUGCUACCAAUUACUUCAGUGCCAAGCGCUUCUACGCCAAUACCCAAGUGUCUAAUGCCCUAGGCGCGUUUGUCAUUGGCGUCGUGGGAAACUUCUACAGCCGACUACGACAUGGACUUGCUGCUGCAGCCAUGCUACCAGCAAUAUUUGUUCUUGUCCCAUCUGGCCUCGCAGCUAGCGGCUCACUCAUCUCCGGCAUUACCUCUGCAGAAGAGAUCACGCGGUCUCCAUACGCAGUUGUCAAUAACGGAACACAAGGGUUUAUGGACGCUGCCAAAAACCGAUCGGCCGAUCAGGCCAGAGACCAGAGCUAUGGUGUUGUCUUCGACAUUGGAUAUGGCAUGGUCCAGGUUGCUAUUGGCACCACCGUGGGCCUCUUCCUGGCCGCUUUAGUGGUCUAUCCUCUUGGCAAGAAGAGGAGUGGACUAUUCAGCUUCUAG